CGCAGCGCCGCCGCAGUGGCCUGUGUCGACUGCUGAGCGACGGGAGAUGUCGCCAGCCCGGCACGCCGUCCGCGGUGAGAGGCGGUGAGAACGUGCGUCAGGCGGUGAGCGCGGGGUGGACGGCGCGCUCCGGCCACCCCAGAUAAGAUGGACAACAGCGCAUUCACGCCGGAGCCCUGCGACCGACCGGACGGCGCGGACGGACCGCCGUCGACGACCGAGGUGGCGCUCGAGAUGCGGCCGUGCCACGCGACCGAGGAGAGCCAGCCGUUGUGCCAGUGCGACAAACACUGCGUGUGCGGCGAGCCGGCGGCGCGACCGGCCGACGCGCCGCAGGUGCGGCUCAAGCAGUGGAACCGCGCCAAGACGGCGGCGCUGGUGGCCGGCGUGGCGGCGCUGCUCGUCUGGUGCGGUGUCAUGGUCGCCAUGGGCCACUACGGUGUGCUCUGAGCCGAUGGCGACGUGCCGCCGCAGCGCGGCACUGCGCAACGCUCGGCGUAGGCGUGUCUGCAGCUGGCGCAAAAACGCCCGCAGACUGCCCUGGAAGCCAGGCGGCGGCCAUGCGCUCAAUGUCGCCUGCUGCCGCCCGACGCUCCGGCACGGAACAGCGGGCGGUGUCUGCUGCUGCCGAGGCGGCACCGUUCUCCAGGCGCCGUGGCUGAGGUUGGGAGACUGCCGGCGUGUUGUCCCGACGCCUGUUCCCGUCAGCGCUGCCGUGUGAGCACAGACCACACGCCGUCCCGCCGUCUCUCCGCUGCUCGGAGGUGCCUGUGCGGCUCUGCUGCGGGAGACAGAAGAGCCAUCUGUCGGCGGCCGUGACAGGCGCGGCGGCAACGACCCGUCCCUGUCAAGUACGCGGCAUGAUAGCUACCUCAGCUGUCAGACAAACACAGGCCACCGCGAACUCUUACCGCCUGCGGUGCGGGACGGAGCAGUCCCGGUGGGCUGCGGCAUUGAAGCAUAGGUCCCGCCCGCCUCAUAGGGAGAGACAGACGACUGGUGAGCUGCGCGAUUGGUUUUCGUCUCCUGGACUCUGCAAUGUGAAAGGGGGUCACCUCCCUGUGCUUAUUGCAUUUAUUUUCGCGACGCGAUAUUCGCUUCAAAAUUGUUUACCUUAUCUGAAUUGCAUUGGUAUUAAAAUUAGAAUCGCUUUUUUAGUAAAUCCUACUGAAAUUAAUUGAGACAAACUUAAGAGCCAAGUACGUACUAUCGACAACAGUGUUGUUCCCACUCCGGGUUCUUUAUGUUGAUAUUUGUCAAACGUGCGCUUUUCCGUCGCAAUUCGUAUGUAAAGUUCUUGCCUCAGCGAAGGCCAAAUGGCAAUUUCGCACCGCAGACUGGCACUAGGCUAUUUGGCGGUGUCAGACGCAUUGGCGCAUAAUGGGAAUGACUGGUGCGCUAUCAGCCACGCCAAGUUUUAUGAAAAAAGCUUUAAACUUUUACAAUGGGAGGUGCAUUAUCGUCAUUCUCUAUCCAUGCUGAUGUGCUGAUAUGGACAACUGGCAAAACCGGCGAACAAAUAACGACUGAAGAGGCUUACAAUUGGCAAAAAAGGACGCCAUAAAAAUCACCGAAAGACCUGGAACAUUUCCUUCACAUCAAUCGCAAGAGUUGUUAUGCCCUUCUCAGCCUGCCUCGUGUGAAGUCACGGCCGGCUGGCCUUCUUAGCCUGCCUCUUGUGCACCCACGGUCGGAUGACCUCCUCAGCCUGAUAAUGAAGAAUGUGAUGAAGGCUUCCCGGCAAGAAAACCUGGCAUACGGCCCUGUGCGGGUUUCUGUUUUCCAAUGUAAACUAUGCUAAUAGUGGGCAAUACGGUGACAUGACGAUCAAAUGCACAGCUCGAACGGAAAGGCUGUGAUAUCGAGAUGAACAUGUUUUGAAGAAAUAAGAUGUACCGCAUACGCGAA